GGCUGCGGUGGGCCAGGAUGUCGGGCUUCCUGGAGGAGCUGCUUGGCGAGAAGCUGGUGACGGGCGGCGGCGAGGAGGUGGACGUGCAUUCGCUGGGCGCCCGCGGCAUCUCGCUGCUCGGGCUCUACUUCGGCUGCAGCCUGAGCGCCCCCUGCGCGCAGCUCAGCGGCAGCCUGGCCGCCUUCUACGGCCGCCUGCGGGGGGACGCGGCGGCCGGGCCGGGGGCCGGGGCCGGGCCGGGGCCGGGGGCCGGGGCGGCCGCGGAGCCCGAGCCGCGGCGCCGCCUGGAGAUCGUCUUCGUGUCCUCAGACCAGGACCAGCGGCAGUGGCAGGACUUCGUGCGGGACAUGCCGUGGCUGGCGCUGCCCUACAAGGAGAAGCACAGAAAGCUUAAACUUUGGAACAAAUACCGCAUUUCCAACAUUCCCUCACUAAUAUUCCUAGACGCCACCACCGGGAAGGUCGUGUGCAGGAAUGGGCUGCUGGUGAUCCGUGAUGACCCAGAAGGUUUGGAAUUCCCUUGGGGACCUAAACCCUUCAGGGAAGUCAUUGCAGGGCCCUUGCUUAGAAAUAACGGACAGUCCCUGGAGAGCAGCAGCCUGGAGGGUUCUCACGUGGGAGUCUAUUUCUCCGCACACUGGUGCCCACCCUGCCGAAGCCUCACCCGGGUCCUGGUGGAAUCCUACCGGAAGAUCAAGGAGGCAGGCCAGAAAUUUGAGAUCAUCUUUGUUAGUGCGGACAGGUCCGAGGACUCGUUCAAACAGUACUUCAGUGAGAUGCCCUGGCUCGCUGUGCCCUACACCGACGAGGCCCGGCGGUCACGCCUUAACCGGCUGUACGGAAUCCAAGGCAUCCCCACCCUCAUCGUGCUGGACCCCCAGGGGGAGGUGAUCACGCGGCAGGGGCGAGUGGAAGUGCUGAAUGAUGAGGACUGCAGGGAGUUCCCGUGGCACCCCAAGCCCGUGCUGGAGCUCUCGGACUCCAAUGCUGUGCAGCUCAAUGAGGGCCCCUGCCUUGUCCUGUUCGUAGAUUCGGAGGAUGAUGGGGAGUCAGAGGCAGCCAAGCAGCUGAUCCAGCCAAUAGCCGAGAAGAUCAUUGCCAAGUACAAAGCCAAAGAGGAGGAAGCCCCACUUCUGUUCUUUGUGGCGGGGGAGGACGACAUGACUGACUCCCUGCGCGAUUACACCAACCUGCCCGAGGCCGCCCCUUUGCUCACCAUUCUGGACAUGUCGGCCCGGGCCAAGUACGUGAUGGAUGUGGAAGAGAUCACCCCUGCCAUUGUGGAGGCCUUUGUGAAUGACUUCCUAGCAGAAAAGCUCAAACCAGAGCCCAUCUAAGGGGGCUCCAGCCUCAGGAGAUGUUAUUUAAAAACUCGGUCUUCUCCUCUUCCUUCUCCCUCUCCUUCCCUCCACCCUUGGACUUUUCCAGCGUGUCCUGAAUCAUACAACCCAAGUGUCCAACCUCUCUGUGGUGCCUUGUUUUCUGCAUUAACUCCUCAGCUAGCACCCCAAGGUGCACCUCCUCUCCGCAGCAGAAGAACCCCACUGUGUCUGGAGACUCUGCUUGGGAUCCACAGGGCUGGCAGAACCCGGCCAGAACCAGGACUCCGGCCUGCUCCCAGUCACUAGCUCUCAGCGAAGUAUUUGCCAGGUGGUCUUGUGCCGAACGAACAUGGAGGGACAGCACACUGGAGCUCUGGUCCCACCCCUGGUGUCCGCACGCUCGCGCAGGGCCCAGCACAGCUCAGUGAGGGAAAGGGAGCUGCUGACGAGAACCUCCUUUCUCCUAAGUGACUUCGUCUCUCUUGGUGCGAGGGGAAAACACCAGCUUGGCAGUCAGUUCUUGGGCCAGGGGAUCUCAAGAUCUCAAAGGAAGCUCGUGUUCUUUCUCGGGGAGAAAAAGCGUAGCUCUGGUAGUGAUUCAUGUAGUGAUGGCUUCCUCUGAGCUCCUACCGCCACAUGAUAAGAACGAGCUUCUCGUUUUUUCCUUACAUCUUUCUUCCUGGAUCUUACCUCUCCAAGUUUCUGCCUUCUCAUACGGACAGCCUCUAUGGUCUUGGAGUUUUGUUAAUAAAUUCCCCCCUCUUGGACAGCUUCCCGGGAGGCACCCGGCCCUGUGUCCUUAGAGGAGCCCCGCCUCACCGGCACAGACCUCUGACUCGGCCCAGCUCUGGGCCUGGGGCCGCUGCAGCUCUGCCGAGGUGCCUGUGUCCGCCUUUGGUUACCCGUCAUCCCUUUUUUCUUUUUAAAGCAGAACUAAAAAGAGACAAGAAAUUACCAGAAGCCUAGCUUUUUUUUCUAAGAACCUGCACAAAGAGCUGUGUCCUAGGGUGGCAGGGGGAUCAGAGGACGUGUCCACUAAAAGUGGGCCUUGGAUGCACGCGGCUAGGCUCAGGUAGCUUGGCUCCCACAGAAGGAAGUUAACAGCUGUGUCCUUGGCACUUGGGGUGGAGGGCUUCGCCUAGGGGUUCACAGGGUUUGGGCCUCUCUUAACCAGGCGUUAGGGCCUUUCAUGCGAUCACAGGCCUUACCCUUGGCUCCACUCGUCCCCCAGAGCCCCGUCAGCUGGUCAGCUAUUGACAGCACUGCUCCUUGCUGACUUGAUUGUUGAUUCGUAGUUCGGAGGUUCAGAGUUAGCUGGUAAUCAGUCACUUGUCACAAGCCUGAAAUGCAUCCGCCUAGCGAGAAAUAAAGCAGGCAUCUCUGGACAUUA